AUGACGACUACAAGCAUAGAGCGAACCAUGGGAUCAACCCCCAAGGACGGAGAGACUGCGACCGAGACAAUGGAGGACACAACGCUUGACGAUGGGGACAUCGAAUCCGGGAACGUUGGGGGACAAAUCGAAGCUGAAAACGAGCCCCCGAAAGCAGUCACAAAAUCCAUUAAGGAAACAGUUUGUUGUCCUAUUACCAAGAAGCCCUUCAAGUGCGCUGUGGUUCAUCCGAAAGAUGGAGUUUCUUAUGAGAAAGAAUCAGUGCAAGAAAGAGAUGGCGAUUCUGCCUAUGACUACUAUCCAAAUCGUGCCCUGAUGGAAUAUCUCAGCCUGGACACAGAUCCACAGCAAGAAGUACAGCCAAGCACCAAUGAACGAGGUGUGUUUCUGUGCCCCAUCACCCAGGAUUUGAUAAGAGACCCAGUGAUUGAUCCAGAAGGAAACACAUAUGAGAGAUAUUCAAUCAUAGGAUGGAUACAGCAACAUGGUGCUUCACCCAUAACACGAAAUUCGUUGAGAGUUGAACAAUUAUACGACAAUACAACUUUGUUCACUGUCCUUAUACAAGAGAUUGAACAACAGACAGAGCAAGGUUUGAUUUCAGAUGACUGUGAAGAAAUCAACGCUUGGAAGAGAGACAUAUCUUCACCCUCGCCCUAUGUGCCUCCGUCUCAUCAACAAACAACUGUUGUGCAAACUCGCUUUUCUAUACAGCAACCACGGCAGCGUAUCCGAAACCGUCCUGGUCACGACGCGAUCAUGCUGCAAAGUAUCUAUUAUGCUGCAGUUCUCAUUGCCUGCAGUAUGUUUGUUCUCAAUUUCAUUGCUGGCGUCGUAGCUGUCGCUUGCAUCCUGUUAUUUUCCUUGAUGUAUUUUCCAUUCAUCUUGGGUUGGGGAAGAACAAGAACGCCCGAAACCAAUUCCCAGACCACGGAUUGA